AUGCAUGUGGCCAUAGUUGGAUGUGGUCAUGGAAAGCUUACUGCAAUCUACGAAGAGAUUGCCAAAGCUGAAGGUCAGGCUCCAAGUGUCAAAGUAGAACUUUUGAUCAUCUGUGGCGAUUUCCAGUACGACCUUUCACGCAUGGCUGCUCCUGACAAAUAUAAGAAGAUGGAGGAUUUCCAUCUUUACUAUUCGGGAGCACUGAAAGCGCCAAUCCCAACCCUGUUUAUAGGAGGCAACCAUGAGGCUCCAAACUACUUGUGGGAGCUAUGGCAUGGCGGCUGGGUUGCCCCUUCCAUUUACUAUAUGGGCUCCUCGGGGGUCAUUUGGUUCGGUGGGCUUCGCAUUGCCGGCAUUUCAGGGAUUUACAAGUCUCAUGAUUACCUGAGGUCUUUUUCGGCCAAUGAAAAUCCUCCUUCUUUUAAUAAUCAUGGCCCUCCUCCUCGAUCGCCCUAUCACUAUCGGCAGUUGGAGAUUGAAAAGCUCUCGAUGAUCGAUACAUUGGUAGAUGUGAUGAUCUCACAUGAUUGGCCCAAUCGAAUUUUCUCUUAUGGAUCUGUUCCUGAUCUUAUAAGGAGAAAGCCACAUUUCCAAGGAGAUAUAAAAACUGAUGAAGGUCUGGGAUCUCCUCCCCUGAUGGAUCUUUUGAAAAAGCUGAAACCUCGCUUUUGGUUUUCCGGCCAUUUGCAUGUCAAAUACCCAGCGAUCUACUCUCAUCAAGGUACAACGCCUAGAUCCCUACAGGCGGAAAACACUCGUUUAUUUAAGGCCUCCUCCCAUGUUUUUCAAAUACCAGAACAAGAAGGCCCAUAUUGCACCCGGUUUUUAGCACUUGAUAAGUCGCUGCCGAGGAGACAAUUUUUGCAGGUAUUUUUACAUUGCGAAUGUAUGCCCCCUGUGUUUUCUUAUGACCCCGAGUGGAUUUCAAUACUAAGGAAGACCAACAACAGACUGGAGGGCCUUAUGCCCUGGUCUGAACCACAUAGUUGUGAAGAACACGUAGAAGACAACGCUGGUGAUAUUAGUACCUUCCUGAUACCUGAAUCCUUUGAACGGAUUGCCCCAUCUUUUCAAGAGGAAUCCCAGGGAACGGGCAACUUUUCUAAAGGUAUUUUGGCUUAUUUACGUGUAGAGAGAUUUUAUCCCAAUCCGCAGACAUUAAAUUUUUGUAAACUAAUUGGAGUUCCAUGUUGUGUAUAUCCCCCCUCUUCCCCCUCACCCUCGAUGUGA